UACUCAUAUGACAUAUAUAAUCAAAUUAAGCCCGGGGUGACUGUUGAAGCCUCACGCAAGCCGCCUCUUUCCACGGAGCGAGCAUCAGCACAGUCGUCAUCGGAUCAUUUGCUCGCUGCCUGAGGAUUAUUUUUCCGCUUCCUCUCAACUUUUUCUCUGAUAUCCAUAUCAAACCCAUGUGAUGGAAAUAACAAGUGAGACAGUGAUUAAGAAACCAAAACGGUUAACAUCAGUUGUGUGGAAUCAUUUUGAAAGGGUAAAGAAAGCUGAUAUAUGUUAUGCUGUGUGUGUUCACUGCAGCAAGAGGUUGAGUGGGUCAAGUAACAGUGGAACAACACAUUUGAGGAAUCAUUUGAUGCGAUGUUUGAAAAGAUCCAACUUUGAUGUUUCUCAGCUGCUUGCUAAGAGAAGGAAGAAAGAUAACACUGUUACCCUUUCUAGUUACAAUUUUGAUGAAGGGCAGUCGAAAGAUGAUCAUAUUCCAGUUGCAGCUAUUAAGUUUGAGACUGAACCCAAGAGGGAAGAAGCUAUUUCUACUGGAAGUUCAAAGUUUGACCAAAAGCGAAGUAGGAUGGAUCUUGCUCGAAUGGUCAUUUUACAUGGAUAUCCAUUAGCCAUGGUUGACGAUAUUGGGUUCAAAGUUUUUGUUAAAAAUUUGCAGCCAAUGUUUGAUAUUGCGACAAACAGUGCACUUGAGUUGGAUUGUAUUGCAAUUUAUGAGAAGGAGAAACAAAAUGUCUAUACACUGAUAAGCAGACUAAGGGGCAGGGUUAGUGUUGCUGUUGAUUUAUGGAAUUCACCUGAGGAUGCAAGAUACUUGUGUCUUACUGCCCAUUAUAUUGAUGAAGAGUGGAAGCAACAGAAGAAGAUACUAAAUUUCAUGAUGAUUGAUGCUGCUCAUACUGAAGACAUACACUCGGAGGUGGUUAUCAAAUGUUUAAUGGACUGGGACAUUGAACGGCGUCUUUUUUCUAUGACAUUUGGUGACCUUUUCACCCGUGAUGAUAUUGUUUCCAGAAUUAAAGAUCAUUUGUCACAAAAUAGACCUCUUUUGAGCGAUGGUAAGUUGUUUGAUGUUCGUUGUGCUGCACAUACACUGAAGUUGCUGGUUGGAGAUGCAAUGGAUUCAAUUCGUGAUGUAAUACAUAAGAUUAGAGAAGGUAUUUGUUAUGUGAAAAGUACACAAAUUAUGCAAGGGAAGUUCAAUGAACUAGCCCAACAAGCUGGGAUAGAUAAUCAAAGAAAUUUAUUAGCCGACUGCUCUAUGCGAUGGAACUCAACAUCCGCGAUGCUUGAAACUGCAUUAGCGUACAAAGCAGCUUUCACUCUUUUGCAGAAGCAUGAUUCUAGCUGUACCUUGGCUCUCUCUGAAGAAGAAUGGGAAUGGGCAAAUUCAGUUACUAGCUAUUUGAAGCUCUUUGUGGAGAUAACCAAUGCUAUUACCAGCAAUAAUUCUCCAACUUCAAAUAUAUACUUCCCUGAGAUUUGUGAUGUGCAUGUACAACUGAUUGAAUGGUGCAAGAGCUCAGAUGAAUUUAUUAAGUGUAUGGCUCUGAAAAUGAAAGCUAAGUUUGAAGUUUAUUGGAACAAAUGCAGUUUAUUGUUAGCCAUAGCAGCAAUCUUGGAUCCAAGAUUCAAGAUGAAGUUGGUGGAGUAUUACUACCCUCAAAUAUAUGGUGAUAGUGCCGAAGAUCGCAUUAAAGAAGUCUCUGACGGUAUAAGAGAUCUUUUCAAUGAAUAUUCCAUUGGAUCGAUGUCAGUUUCAAUUGAACAUGGUGUUGGAAGCAGCUCUGGAGGUGUAGGGUUUCAUCCUAGGGAUCGCCUAAAAGGGUUUGACGAGUUUCUCCAUGAGACAUCACAGGGUAAAAACUCAGCUUCCGACUUGGAUAAAUAUUUAGAGGAACCAGUAUUUCCCCGGAAUUAUGAUUUUAACAUUUUUACAUGGUGGAAAGUUCACACACCAAGAUAUCCUAUCCUAUCCAUGAUGGCACAAGAUAUUCUUUGUGUUCCCAUGUCAACUGCCACACCUGAGCUGGCUUUUAGGACUGGAGGCAGGGUCCUAGAUCACUAUCGUAGCUCUCUAAGUUCAGAUACUGUGCAAGCUUUGAUAUGUACACAAGAUUGGCUGCAGUCUGAUGUAGAAGGAGAAAGAAGAGAACGAUGAUGCAUUUGUAAAAACCUUAAUGGGAAUCUCUAACUCCUCAACCACCAUUGACAACGAAACUCAUUAGAACGUGCUCGAUUCAAAUGGAUAGUAUCUACCCUGAUGCAAUUUGUCAUGUACAUCAAAGCAAAACAUUUUGUUCUGUGUCCGAGGACUAAUCUUUUUCUUGGGCUAUUAAGAUGUCAAACAUCAUUUGCUACUUAGAUCUCUGCACCAAUUUCCUACAGCAGCAUCGCCAAGGCUCAAAAGGAGUAAUAUUACAAGAUCAAGCACGUAUAGUCAAGACUAAAUAUAUGAGGUUCAUGAACACUUAUCAAAAGUUCUUUGAUUUAAAUUCUUGUUGAGCUAAAUCUAUUUGUUUUUUUUUUGGUAUGUAUAUAUUGUCAUGUAGAAGAAUUUGUAUUCCUUUAAUAUUGUACAAAAACAGUUUUUAUUGUAUGUUAUUACCGACCCGCUUUUGACUCGCCCCAUAUCCGACCUGCCCCAACCCUAUCUUAGCCGCUCAUUAAGCACCGCUACAGCUCUACUACAAUGUGGUCUCAACGGACUUGUUGGUUUUCCGUUGAUAUACCCAAUCUCCUGGAAGUCUUGAAUGUUCGAGAUUUUGACAUCAUUUAUGUAAGAAAUAAGAAUUAAUGAGAUUUUGAGAGAUUAUAUUCGCUUGCAGAGUCUGAUGGUAAACUAUCUAAUGUUGUGUUCAGGUAAAAUCGACCGAUUUCGUCUAGUCCUCUUUGUGAAGGGAGUAUAGAUAUGAAUUAUCUGUCACCUUCCCUCAUCCAGUUUCUGCUUUUGAGUGGGAUAUAGGUAUGAUGAUGACGAUGAUGAUGGAUGGAUUAGAGUCAAAUCUACAAUUGCUAUAAAGGUGAUUAAAAUGAGAAUUUAAGAAAGACCUUACAAAUCUUGUCAUCAUCAAAUAUAGCCCAUUAAAUAGGUCUAGAUGUGGGUAAUCUUAUCAUUAGAUCUUUUGUGAGACACUACAUGUAUGCGAUCGUACCUGAUCCAUAAAACAUGUUUUUUACAUAACCAACUUUAAGCCUUGGAACACCUGUUUUAAGGCUUCAAUUUUUUAUUUUAAGGCUUAAAACCUCUACUUCAAGUCUUAAUCUUCAUUCUCUAAAAGCUUAAUUUUAUUUUUCAACUAACUACUUCAAUCGUUGAAAUGUCAAUUCUAAGGCUUAAAAUCCCUAGGUAGUUAUGCCCAUCAGCCCAUGUAAAGUCUCUACUCUAGUCUUA